AUGCCUCCAAAAAAAGGAGGCCGAAAAUGCAGCUCGUCUUCGGGAGGGAGAGGGUCUGCAUCCGGCUCCGGCACUCGGUACGACUCGCCGAUGCUCGUCAACAUACCACCGGAGACAUGGAAUCUACGUCCUCCAAGCAGAAACAACUUCAACCCGAGACAUGAAUACGCUAAUAGGCCAGAUAGGUUCAGUUUGGCCAUUCACCAUGGUGGUCUUUUUUCGAAGGAUGAGUAUGUUGAUGGGCGAUUGAACUAUGUGGAUAAAUGUAGUAUCUUGCAGUUCGAUCAGAUGGAAUUGGCAUCAGUAAUGGUGAGAUUAAAGUAUCGUAGAGAGAUUUGUGAAUUCUAUUAUUGUCAUCCGGCCCACAAUCAUGCAUGCCAUGGCAAUGAAGUUGGUCAUCCACUUUCGCCUCUCCUCGAUGAGGAACACUUUACACGAUUUUUGUGUUUGGCUACCAAGUUUGAGAAGCUGAUACAUAUGUAUGUUAUUGAGACCACGGUGGCAAAAGCAAAAGCACGGCAUAAGAGGGACCAAAUGAAAUAUUUGAAGGAUUAUAUCAAUCUUAAGUCCAAGGUUGUGAUUGAAGAAAUUGACGAGCCUCCAAUGGUUAUACCAAAACAGAAGCCGGGAAAGAAGAUGAAGGUGAAUGGAGACAUACCUUUGCUUGGAUGGUAUGAACGGGACAUUGAGUUUGAACAGUAUCUUGAAGACAGUUUGGUUAAAGAACGUGAGAAGAGGAGAAUGGAAGAUGUUGAGAAAGAAGGAUCAGUUGUACCCACUACUCAAAGGACCGAAGCUUCUUCUAGUCAGCCGCAAUGCGUAGCCAAUGAUGUGCCACCCGCCUCGAGGGAACCACUGGCAGCUGCACCUACAGUUGGCCAGGCACCACCAGCCUCGAUGGAACCACAUGCAGCAGCACCUCCGACCAGCCAAGCACCACCAACAAGAGCGCAAACAAGUGGUCCAUCAUCAACCAUCGUCCGCAAAGCUCAGAGGUGUGGCCGGCGCAAAACAGCUGAUUAG